CGGAGUGGACCUUUCUCUGCACUGUGGACCCUCCACCUCCUCCUCAGACAGAGUGCAGCCUCCUAAGAGUAGCUCUUCUCCUCUCGUUCCUGCAGGUCUCCAGAAGCCUCUUGCUUCCCCUCUGCUGGGCGUCAGAACUCGCUGGUGUCUGGAGCUGGUGUUCCAACAAAGCCUGGCAAGCAGUGGAGCAGCCAUGGGGCUGCUGGUUGGUGAUAACCUGUGGCCCGUGGUCAUAUUCACGGCCAUCUUCCUGCUUCUGCUGGACCUGAUGCACCGGCGCAAGUUCUGGACUGCCCGCUACCCACCAGGUCCUGUGCCACUCCCUGGGCUGGGCAACCUGUUGCAAGUGGACUAUGAGAACAUGCCAUACAGCUUCUACAAGCUUCGACAGCGCUAUGGUGACGUGUUCAGCCUGCAGAUGGCCUGGAAGCCUGUCAUUGUGAUCAAUGGCCUGAAGGCCGUGCGGGAACUGCUGGUGACCUGUGGCGACGACACUGCUGACCGCCCUGAAAUGCCCAUUUAUAAUCACCUAGGCUAUGGGCACAAGUCAAAAGGUGUGAUCCUUGCACCGUAUGGACCCGAGUGGCGAGAGCAGCGGCGAUUCUCUGUGUCCACCCUGCGGGACUUCGGCCUAGGCAGGAAAUCGCUGGAGCAGUGGGUGACCGAGGAGGCUGGCCACCUCUGUGACGCCUUCAUCCAGGAGGCUGAGCGUCCUUUCGAACCCAGCCCGCUCCUGAGUAAGGCUGUGGCCAAUGUGAUCGCAUCUCUCGUCUAUGCCCAGCGAUUUGAUUAUGAAGACCCUUUCUUCAACUGGAUGCUCAAAACAUUGAAAGAAAGUUUUGGAGAGGACACGGGCUUCGUUGCUGAGGUACUGAACGCACUCCCAAUUCUCCUUCACAUCCCUGGGCUGCCCCACAGAGCCUUCCCCAAGCUGAGUUCAUUCAUUGGCUCCCUGGAUAAGAUGUUGAUUGAGCACAAAACAAGCUGGGAUCCUGCCCAGCCACCUAGAGACCUGACUGAUGCCUUCCUGGCUGAGGUGGAGAAGGCCAAGGGAAACCCUGAGAGCAGCUUCAAUGAUGAGAACCUGCGUGUGGUAGUAGCAGACCUGUUCAUGGCGGGGAUGGUGACUACAUCAACCACGCUGUCCUGGGCCCUGCUGCUCAUGAUCCUGCACCCAGAUGUUCAGCGCCGCGUCCAGCAGGAGAUUGAUGAAGUCAUAGGGCAGACGCGGCACCCAGAGAUGGCUGACCAGACCCGCAUGCCCUACACCAAUGCUGUCAUCCAUGAGGUGCAGCGUUUUGCGGACAUCAUACCAACCAAUGUACCACACAUGACGUCACGUGACAUUGAAUUACAAGGCUUCCACAUCCCAAAGGGGACGACGCUCAUCCCCAACCUGUCCUCCGUGCUGAAGGAUGAGACCGUCUGGGAGAAACCCUUCCAAUUCCAUCCUGAGCAUUUCCUGGACGCCCAGGGACACUUUGUGAAGCAUGAGGCCUUCAUGCCAUUCUCCGCAGGCCGGCGCAUAUGCCUGGGGGAGCCCCUGGCCCGCAUGGAGCUCUUCCUCUUCUUCACCUGCCUCCUGCAGCGCUUUAGCUUUUCAGUUCCUGAUGGACAGCCCAGGCCCAGCGACCAAAGCAACUUUGCACUGCCAGUUACUCCAAAGCCUUACCAACUCUGUGUAGCCGUGCGCUAGCAGGGCCAGUAGCUCCGUCCUUCUGCUCAGCUUGCGCUGAUUGAAUGUUCAAUAAACAAGUUCUGUGGCUGCAACUCAGACU